AUGUCGAGCCAAGCAAGCCCUCUCGAGCCUACUUAUUACGGCCACAUCUCCUCCACCAAAGAUGCCUUGAUCCUCAUGGAGGCAUGCCUCGAUGGCCAGCUCUCGCAUGUCCCACGCCGUCCCCAUGAUAGAGAGAGACAGGACCUCAUCCGAAGCGGGUACGUCUUCAUCUACGAGGAGCACUCAUCAGGAAUCAAACGCUGGACCGACGGCGUUUCCUGGAGCCCCAGCCGCAUCCUCAACAACUUUCUCAUCUACCGCGAGCUGGACAAGCCCUUCCCCCCUGGCGAGAAGAAGCGAGCUCUCAAGCGCCCACAGAAGAAGCCCUCCAAUGGCGGCAUUUCCAAGGCUCAAGGGCAGACCCCCCCCGACCUCUCCUCCGCCGCCUUCUCGUCCACCACGAGCCAGGUCAAUGUAAACAAUCUCAAGGAUCCCGAGCGAGCUCUUAUCGGCUCCCUGAUUGAUUCUUACCCAUUCAAGGAGGGUGGCCUUAUCAAGAAGACCAUUAGUAUCACUUACCGUGGAGUCACUCACCACCUAGUCAGCUACUACAGUGUCGAAGAUGUGCAGGAAAACCGACUUCAAACCCCUUCCCGGGAUCCAGCUCUCCGCCACAUCAUUCCUCGCCAUGAGAUUUGCUCAUCGCAGAACUUCCGUGCCCCCCUCGAAGAGAUCGAGUAUACCACAGAUGGUUAUAUUGGAAUUAAUGGUUAUAUCGCAACCCCCAUCCCCCAUGGCUUCGAAGGACCCGGGGUCAUGCCUCACCCCAUGAGCAACCUUUCCUACCCUCCGGGUGCUCCUGCCUAUGCGGUUUCGGCACCGGCUCCGUUGUCAAACAUAGCAUCUUAUCAUUCUCGCGGCCCCUCUGACUACGGGACCCAGCACCCAGCACCAACGACUUCCUCCAUGUACGGGUUCCCGUCUAAUGUCUUCCCCAGCUAUAUUGAGAAUGGUGUCAGCCCUAGCCCACUUCACCCAGGGCCCGUCGCAGGUCAGACAUCUCCUGGUCACUAUCAUCUGGAAGGGGGUAGAAGCCGGUUCGCAUCCACUGCCGGGAUCAUGCAAGAGUCUCCCCGCCAUAUUCCUGCCCAAGAGAUCCCUCGCCGCCACUCAACAAUUGAAGCGAGCCAGACCGCCGAUAUGGACGCAUUCUCUCUGAGCUCAGUCCCCGAAGGCCGAAGCGGAGCCAUGAACAACUACCUCUCAGCGCAUUCAUUCAUGAGCCCAAUCCAAGGUAACGGUGUUUCGGAACACGGCGCUACCUUCCCGUCACCUCCCGCCACCGGGCAUUCGCAUCAGCAUGCAGGCAUGGGUCUUACACAGCCCAAGGCAGAGCCAGACACUCUGGCCAACAGUUUACCAGCAUCUCAGUCAUUCACCUUGGACAACAGCUGGAAUAACCUCGAGGGGCUGGAUGAUACUCAAGAAGAUUUCCCCCAGCACUAUUUCAAGGGAAGCUUUCCCCCUAAUGAUCACUACUCAGAAGGUCACUAG